UUUCAGUGCCCUGCAACAUUCCCCAGUCUGUUUUACAACACUUACGAUGGCUUCUACAGAAAGAUCAACUUGGCCAGGAUGUUUUUCUUAUAGGACCUCCUGGACCCCAGAAAAGAUUGUUAGCUUUAGCAUAUUUACAGCUCACUAAACAAGAAGCAGAAUAUGUUACCCUCACAAGAGAUACAACAGACACAGACCUCAAGCAAAGGAGAGAGAUCAAAGGGGGUACUUCAUUUUAUCAUGAUCAGAGUGCUGUACGAGCAGCUGUGGAGGGUCGUAUUUUAAUUUUAGAAGGUAUAGAAAAAACCGAAAGAAAUGUUCUGCCAGUUCUUAACAACCUUCUUGAAAAUAGAGAGAUGCAGCUUGAAGAUGGGAGAUUUUUGAUAGCUAGUCACAGAUAUGAUAAACUUCUUCAGGAGCAUUCCCAUGGAGAAUUGGAGCGAAUGCGCCUUGUGCGAGUUGAUGAAAAUUUUCGUGUAAUAGCCCUUGGAUUACCUUCCCCCCCAUAUCAGGGUCAUCCUCUUGAUCCUCCAUUACGAUCAAGAUUUCAAGCACGGGAUGUAUCUAGUCUGCCUUAUAAGGAGCAUCUUCGUCAUCUGCUGAACGAGUAUCCCGACGUGGACAGUGGAAUUGUAUCCCGGGCCUUGUCGUUGUCUCACACUCUCCUCACCGAAGAGUCCAAGUCGUUGGGGUUGCCAGAUUUCCCCAUUGAUAACCUGAGCAGCGUCAUGGCCUUAAUGAGCAAGUUUCCUAGCGUGGAUCCUGGUCACGCCAUUUCAAGAUUAUAUCCAUACAAAGCCUUCUUAACACCGGAAACUCAUAAGUCUGUGGAAGAGAUUUAUUCGACAUUUGGUUUAACACCGUCUGAGAGAUCUAGUACACAAAUUUUGAACGAAGUCAGGGGUGUAAGACCUCAAGGUGAAUCUUCAGCCGCCGAGUUAACAGUUAAAGUGGAGGGCCAUGAGGUUGCUGUACAGGUUACUUCAGGAAAUAACUGGGAAAGUCCUGCACCACCCUUUGUCUUGACUCCUUAUCACCAUGAAAUCUUAUCAGAGAUUCUGCAAAGUCACAGUGUCUCAGACUUUUGCAUAAUUGGUCCUCGAGGUUGCGGAAAAUCAGCAGUUGUCACCAAAAUGGCCCACAUGCUCGGCUACCAAGCAGAACCAAUACUUCUUUAUCAGGAUAUGACUUCCCGGGACCUGGUGCAACAACGUAUUACUUCACCUGAUGGUGACACUGCAUGGCAGUUUUCUCCACUUAUCAUUGCCGCCUUGGAAGGAAAGUUGGCAAUUUUAGAUGGAAUUCACAGACUACAUCAUGGAACUUUAGCUGUUCUUCACAGAUUAAUUCAUGACCGGGAAAUACAACUUUAUGAUGGAACGAGGCUGUUACGUCAUGAUCGAUAUGAUGCAAUCAAAACCAUCAAUGGCUUAACAGAUGAUGAUAUGGCUGCGAAAGGUGUUCAUCGUAUUCAUCCAUCAUUCAGGAUUGUCGCACUAGCAGAACCACCAGCAAUUGGUCAAGCUCAAGGUCAAUGGUUAACACCAGAGGCUUUAACUCUCUUCCUGUAUCAUACAAUGAGACCUUUGAAACCUAGGGAGACCGUUGACCUAAUUCAUAAAAUGGUUGGUGAAUGCAACUCGUCAGUUGAACAACUCAUUACUCUUGCGUCUAGGCUUUCUAUGUCCACUGACCCAGCAAUGAGAUCACUAGCAGAAUCACUGUCUUUAAGACAAAUUAUCAGAAUUGGUAGAAGGUUCAAGGCUUAUCCUGCAUUUGACCUAUACACAGCAGUAUAUAAGGCUUGCUUGGCAAGGUUUCUUCCCCCAUUAGCAAAGAGUGCUUUAGAUGCAACUCUUUUAAAUUCUGAUAUUACAAAACCAGCACAACCCAUGGAUAAAGAGCUAAUUUGUGAAGUGAAGGAUGGUGUUCUGCGAAUUGGAGACACCCAUGCCCCAGUAUUCAAGCCUGACACAAAUACUAAAGUACCUGAUACAUUAUUCUACGAGAUCAACCAGCACAUCGCUGUAUUGGAAAACAUGCUUCAAGACUGGUUACUUGGUGACCAUCUGCUACUUGUAGGCAAUCAAGGAGUGGGAAAAAAUAAGUUGGCUGAUCGGUUUCUUUUUCUCCUGUCACGUCCAAGAGAGUAUAUCCAGCUGCACAGAGACACUACCGUUCAGAAUUUAACAAUCCAACCAGUGGUACGAGAUGGCAAAAUCUAUUAUGAAGAUUCCCCUCUUGUUGUUGCUGUUAAAAACGGUCGGGUGUUGGUUAUUGACGAGGCUGAUAAAGCUCCUACACAUGUAACCUGUGUUUUGAAGACUUUGGUAGAAAGUGGAGAAAUGUUACUUUCUGAUGGGCGACGUAUUGUAUCGGAAAGCCAUCCUCUGGCUGGCCAAGAGCUUCCCAACAUUAUUGUGUCUCAUCCAGAUUUCCGCAUGAUUGUUCUUGCAAACCGUCCAGGAUUUCCCUUCCUUGGGAAUGACUUCUUUGGUGCCUUAGGUGAUCUCUUUAGCUGCCAUGCAAUUGACAACCCAAGCAUUGAAUCAGAAAUGAGCUUGUUACGAUCAUAUGGUCCUGAUGUACCAAAAGACAUCAUGAGGCGCCUAGUGGGAGCAUUUGGUGAACUUCGAGAUUUGGCUGACGAAGGCCUUAUCCAAUAUCCUUAUUCUACCCGAGAAGUUGUCAACAUUAUCAAGCACCUUCAGAAAUUUCCAGAUGAUGGAGUAGCAAAUGUGGUGCGCAAUGUCCUCGACUUUGACUCUUGGUCUGGGGAUGCUAAAGAAACUUUAGUUCGUGUAAUGCAUCGUCAUGGUAUACCAGUAGGCACUUCAUCCCACAAUGUCAGUUUAGCAAAAAAGUUGCCUCUGCCUGAACCUAAAUUGGCUGCAACUUGGAAUGUUGUACGACAAAAACCAGGAAGUAAAACAGCUCUCAUGCAACUCCCAGUGGAGUCAUCUCAUAUCAAAUUUAAGAAUUCUUUUCGCCUAAGUGUGUUCCACCAUACAGUUGAUGUUUCGGAAGCUAGAUCAGCAGUAUUUUCAGAACAGCAUAGCUACUGGCCAUUGCCCCUGCAUGAGACAUCGUUGGUGACUGAUAUAGCAGUGAUUCCUAGUGGUACAGAAGAUCCUCUUGACGACUGUGUGUUUGUUUCAACAGUCGCACCUGCAGCAGUUUAUUCUUUUGUUCCUCGUGGAGGACAACAACCAUUAAGAGAAAUACUUUUGCGAGAUGUAUUGCCUCAGACUCGCUCAUUUUACCAGCCAAAGCUACGAAUAGCACCCUUGUCUAGUGAUCAUUUGAUAGUCCAUGAAGAGGAUACUAAUAGUCUCCUCAUGGUUGAAAUGAAUACUGGACUUGUGCAUCUAAUUCAGUUAAGUAGCUCUUUUUUGGACACUGCUGCUGAAAUAAUAAUAAGAAAGUUUGGCACAGGUGGCGAAAACCAAACGUUUUUUAGAAUGUGUAAAGACAGGGCUGAGGAUGGACAAAUUGUCCUUUGGGAAUUUGGUGGUGGACGCAUGGUAUUCUUGGAUUUCACGGACAACAGCAAUUGCUCUAUAUCUGUGCCUCUGAAACUCUCAUCACUUCAUUACGUAAACUCAGGAAAUCAAUGGCUUGCUGUAGAUCAAGCUGGAGAAAAAUGGUUACUGAGAGGUGAUAGUCACACAUGUCCUCAAGUACUUCAUCCCAUCUCUCAAGUUUCAAAAGAAAAUCACUGUGACCUAACAGAUAUUUUGAGAGUUACAAAAAGUAAUUUGAGUGAUUUUAUUCUUUCUGGUGCUUUAAGCCAACAAAUAAGUGCUCCAAGUCGUAUGAUUGCCCCAGGAGAUUCUUUAGCCGCUAUUGCUGUAGGGUUUCCUGAACUAGAUGCCAGUGAAAAUGAGGUUUAUGUCUGGGAUAGAGAAUUAAAAUCCAUAGCUUGUACAAACACUUCUGGUCAAAAUGGUGUCAUUGUUUUACUGAGUGAUGCUGGGCAAAUAAUUAGAGCUACUGAUAAAGCACCAGGUGGAGCAUUUGAAAGUGGCUCUCCUCCAACCACAGCUGGAUCAUACUUGGAGGUAACAGACUUAAUUAAUCACAGCAUCAGUUACAUCCCUGUUCCUCGGGCAUCACAUUCCUCUCCAUACUGGUCUUGGUCCAUGGCAAAACGUGCAGCCCCACUUCUUAUCUCCCCAAUAAGUGGUCAAGGAGUUGUUUCUGUGGAUUCAGCUGGUGUUGUUCGUGUAUGGCAAACAGGUAGCUUAGGGCUGGAACGAGCUCUUACUGAGUGGAGAAAGAUGAUUGGCGAAAACACAGAGCAUUUACGGUUGGAUGUAGAGCGUGCUAGUGGGCUAGAUGUUUCAUCCCCAAAACAUGGAAAAGAGGACCCCACAGGUGCUCCUCAUGUAGGUGGAAAUACCUGGGCUGGAGGUACAGGUGGGCGUGAUACAGCUGGUUUAGGAGGUAAAGGUGGGCCCUACAGGUUAGACAUGGGGCAUGAUGUGUACCAAAUUCCUCAGGCUGAAAAAGAUGCCGUUCCUGAUGAAGUGAAAAUGGCUGCUUAUAAAAUGGCCCAAAAAGCUUUUAAGGAACGUCUACGUGAAAUACAAAUGAGUGAAUAUGAUGCCUCAUUGUACGAGAAAUUAUCAGGAGCUGUGAAACCACAAAUACGUGCCCUUAGAGGAAUCAUUAAUUCCCUUCAGGCAAAAGGAAAAGAAAGACAGUGGACACGACACCGUACUUCUGGUGAACUUGACGACACUAAGCUGAUAGAAGGCUUAGCAGGAGAGCGCAAUAUAUAUCGUCAGAGAAGAGAAGAGGAACCGGAAGUUGGUGCACCCCAAACUCGCCCAAAAAGACUUAGAUUACUUGUUGAUAUCUCUGGUUCUAUGUAUAGAUUUAAUGGGCAUGAUGGACGCCUUGAGCGGGAACUGGAAGCCACCUUAAUGGUAAUGGAAGCCUUUGAAGGAUUUGAGACCAAAUUCCUUUAUGAUAUUUAUGGUCAUUCAGGCGAAGAUGAAGCAGUGCCAUUGGUCGAAUGCAGUAAAAUUCCCAGCAAUAAUAAAGAACGAUUGAAUGUCUUGAAAGUUAUGCAGGCUCACACACAGUUCUGCUUGAGUGGUGAUCACACUUUACCAGCUGCAAAACAAGCAGUCAAACAACUUGCACAAGAAGAGUCUGAUGAGAACUUUGUUAUUUUACUCUCAGAUGCAAAUCUGGAUAGGUAUGGCAUCCGACCAAGUGAGCUAGCUAAAGCUUUGACUUCAGAACCUUCUGUCAACACUUAUGCUAUUUUCAUUGGUUCCCUUGGUGAUCAAGCCAUUUCUCUUACCAGAGCCCUACCUGCUGGUCGAUCCUUUGUUUGCCUUGACCUCAAGAAAAUACCGCAGAUCCUACAGCAGAUAUUUACUUCUGCAAUGCUUAAAUAACGUGUGUAAAAUAGAUCAAUAUGAAUAUUUCAUUUUUAUAAAUACUGCACUGUAGAUGUCCAACAAUAAAAGAGUUUUGUAAUAAUAAUAAUAAUGGUAAACUUUGUUAAUUUAAAGGAACAAUUUUCACAGCUUAAAUUCGGCCCUCAGACAGAUUUGAAUUGCAUCCAAGAUACUUGUUACAGGCACAGAGCAUUACCAACCACACUGUGGUGAAAAAGUUUCUCCAGUAGGAAUUUGGUGUUACAUGUAUCUAUCCACCAUCAAGAAGCGGCAGACACAUACUGGCACUAAUUUCCAGAUUGGAAGAAAAGUUUUAUACCAGAGCGGUGGCAUGGUCAGUCAUGUACUUAUUUGUGAUUCAAAAUCAUCUUGGCCACAGUUUUAAAUUCACUUGUAUGUUGAAAAUUAUUCUCUCACCUAAUUAGACUAUUCAUGUUCAUUUCACCUAAUUAGACUAUUCAUGUUCACUAGAAUUGUAUCAUCACUUUCUGUGGUCUAUAAUGAGAUGUACUAUAAUGAAAAUUAAUUGUUUUCUUUGAA